AGUCAUGAUAUCAAUAAUCUACUUAUUCAUCCCAAUUCUCCUUGCAAGCGCUGUGCCUACUUCCGAUGUUCUUUCAACUCGAAUCAAAGCUUUAGAGCAAGUCUUCAUUGUAUUUUAUUGCAAGCCUUCUUGUAGAUUCAAUGAAACCCAGCUAAACUCGGUGACAAUCAAAUCGUUCCCAAAGUGUAAAGAAGUAUGUGGAAUUAUAUUUAUUGAUUCUGAAACUGAUCUAACUGUGGAGCAAAUGAAGAAAGCAUUUGAGAAGAUGCGAACACUAAAAGGAGGAUUUAAUAUUGAGAAUACUAGUCUGACAAGCCUUUCGGUUUUUACAGCUGACAAAGAAAAAGGAAACUUUAAUGUGGUGUGUGAUGUGUACGGUGUUUACAUCCGAAACAAUUCACAAUUAAACGACCCCAGUGUGCUCUACGAUCUCUACUUGUACCGUGAUCGGGGUAUCGAGGCGUGUGAUAUUAGAAUCGAGAAUAAUCCGAAACUGGAAUUUUCCUGUGAUGGCGGCUUUUUACACAUGUAUAAUGAGCUCAUUGUCAGAGGGAACUUAAAGGAUUGUGGAUGUGAUGGUGAAAAAGUUAAUGUAUCAAAUGUUAAGGAGUACUCCAAAUGCAAAACUCUAGAUUCUGGUCUAAAUUUAGUGAAUAUUAAUGCAACCUUCGAUUAUGAUUCAUUUUUGAAUGUCACAAUGAUUCGAGGAUCUAUUGCAAUUCGGAACACUAAUCUACAGAGUUUGUCGUUUUUACAAAACCUGCAAACUAUCGAAUAUAACUCGGAUAUAGCUAGUGUAGCAUUGAAUGUACAAGAUAAUCCGGAAAUGAUUCGACUGGGACUGCCAAUUCUGACGAAAGUUAUAGAUACAGUUGAGCAAACCAGUAUGAUACAAUACAGUACAUACAAUAAAAGGCAAUACUUCAAUUUUGAAAACCUUCAUCCUGAUUUUUGUGUCACCAUUACUGAGAUAGUUGCCCUAUUGAACCUUGGAAUUUCUACUGAAAACAUUGAAGCGAAACUUUGCAAAGAUCCUGGUCCAUUGGAUGCGUCAUUUUAUUGCACAUUUGAAUCAAUGAGCAAACUAUCAGAUACAUGUAUGUAUAUCCUUGGAGAUCUAUUAAUAGACCAUGAAGAUGAAAAAUAUGUUUCCAAAUUAGGAGUGUUACAAUUUUUAUUCGGAACAUUGACUAUCAGAAACACAAAUCUCACCGAUUUGAAUUUUCUCGAUCAAAUGACUUAUAUUGGUGCAUUGAAUGGUAACGUAACAUAUUUUCCAGUCAUUCAAAUAUAUUCGAAUCCAAAUCUAAGAAACGUUGGAUUAAAUGGGAUUAUGAACAUAAUUACAAAAGGAAAUCGAACUGCAAUCAUCCAAGAUAACCAUCCCGAUUUAUUCAAGUCAACGCCUUGCCAACUAUUUGGAGCAUAUUUUAGUAACCCUGCAAUGGAGAAUCGAGUGAAUUUGACAUACAUUGGAAGUAACUGCGGUGAAAGAGUUCAUAUAACAUCAUCCCAGUCUGGACGAAUAUCGAUUGGCUUGUCAUUCAGUUUAUUUGUUUUGUUCUGGUCAUUUAAAUCAAAUUAAUAUUAUUAAAUUAAUUUCU